AAUUCACGACACACUAUUUUAUUCGCGUGGGCUCGUGCCAAAAACACUUCUGCACACCUACACGCGCUUUCCUACCUCAACUGGUCAGGACAAAUGGAGGAUGAAGGAGUCCACGAGCAUUUCGAAGGCUGGGAACAACUCCGACGAUCCCCGCAUGUCCGAUCCCGAUCCCCCGCACUAUCGAAGGAACGGGUAAUGGUGGUGAUCGGGGACUCUCUCUCCCGCGACUGCUCCGUCUUUCCUCCAAUAAACCACGAAGGACUUUUCGCCUCCUCAGAGUGCUGUCCAGAUCAAAACAGCCCACCAUCAUCGCUGCCGCCGCCGCCGCCGAAACCGACGGUGUCACCAUCAUCGCCGGUGGCGUCGUUUUCUAUGCUCGAUGCAAAUGGGGUCGACCCACGAUCGUCGCUGUGUGAUUCCCGGCGGGUCCGUCUGAACGCAGAAGUUUCUGGGUGGCUGAAUUUUGGGCUUGAGCUUCUACGUUCUAAAAUUCUUGGCGUCGCUUCCUCGCUUCGUUAUUUUGCUGCCUUUAGAGGAGCAAUUUGGUUAUUUGCCUCCACCGCCGGCACGGUAACGGCGGCGUUUUUGUGGUUUCUGUACUUGAUGGCUCGGCGGCGGCACCGUAGAGUGGCUCGGGAAGAGUGUGUAGAUCAUUUGAUUGCUCUUAUCAAAGAAAAAGACGAGAAAAUUAUCCAAUUAUUGCAUCAGAUUGCUCAAAUGAACCAAGUGUUAGUUGCCUGUCAUAGGUCGAAGUGUGUUGGGUAACCUGACUGGGAGACCUAAACUGAUGACAGCCAGUUCUAUGAGCGAUGGAUCAAGAAUAUGGGCUCAACAGCUGCUCCAAGAAUGGUUGCCUGUUUGCAGGAUAUAGUAAUUCAAACUUAAUGGUAAAUUGACAUCGCUCUAUGCAGAAAGUGUAAAACCCUACGAGUUCGAUUUAAGCUUGUACAAUGUCGAUUUCAGCUACUAAUUGACGGUUGCUGGCUGCUGAGGGCCAGACUGAGAUUGGGUACCUCUUAUGAAGUUGAGGAAUAGAGUAGGGUUUGCCAAGACAGGAUCUUAUGAUCUACAUGCCGUGCACUUUGGGUUGUAUUGAGAAAUUUCCAGAAAUGUUGUUUGGGAUGAUGUGUUCUCCCACCUCCUCUAUUUAAUUUUUAUCUGUACCCUUAUAAAAAAUUUUGAUCAUUCGUGGUUGAGAAUUUUCAAUUGUAUAGCACACCACUCUGCUGGUAGGUUUUGUUUUAGAGUAUGAAUUUUUAGUUUUAGAUUUUAAUUUGUAUUGGUUUUGGACAGGCAUAAGUUUAUAUUGUAUUUUAUUUAAACCUGCAUAAAUUCAAAUUCCAAGCUUGUAAACAUAAGAAAAA